AUGCAGGUGACGUGUUGGUGCGCCGUGUUCCUCCUGACGCCUGCACUUUUCCUGGUUACAAGUGCCCACGCCUCAAAGUCGGAAAUUGUCAAGUCGGGAAGCCCCAAAUCCACACUUAAGCAUAUAUGGACAGGAAGCAGUAAGGACAUGUCAAUCAGUAGGCUGCUGUCACAGACUCUACAUGGCAAAGAGAACAGCACAGCCUUGGACCUUCGCUAUGAUACUCCUGAGCCCUACUCUGAGCAGGACCUGUGGGACUGGCUGAGGAACACCACAGACUUGCAGGACUCGCGGUCACGCGCUAAACGGCGGCCAAUGGUUAAGACGGGGAAGUUCAAGAAGAUGUUCGGCUGGGGGGACUUCCACUCUAACAUCAAGACAGUCAAACUAAACCUGCUGAUCACCGGUAAGAUCGUGGAUCACGGAAACGGCACCUUCAGCGUCUACUUCCGCCACAACUCCACAGGCCAGGGCAACGUGUCCGUCAGCCUGGUCCCUCCAACCAAGAUAGUGGAGUUUGAUGUGGCGGCACAGCAGUCCGUCAUCGACGCCAAGGACUCAAAGUCCUUCAACUGCCGCAUAGAGUACGAGAAGGUGGAGAAGGGUGCCAAGAACACACUCUGCAACUUCGACCCGUCCAAGACCUGCUACCAGGAGCAGACUCAGAGCCACGUCUCCUGGCUCUGCUCCAAACCUUUUAAAGUCAUCUGCAUCUUCAUUUCCUUCUACAGCACCGACUACAAACUGGUGCAGAAAGUGUGCCCAGACUAUAAUUACCACAGUGACACUCCCUACUUCCCUUCCGGCUGA